GGGCAGUUUUGCCGUGUCGACAGGCGGUGCGGUGCCAGUGCUAGGCGCCGUACUAGUACCUAAGGGUCUGACUCGGGCUUGUCAAACAGCAUCAACUUAGCAAGACGUCACGCAUCCAUUAAUUGUGACAAUCAUUCUUCCAUUCGACCUUCGUAUCUAUAGCCCAUUCCGGGCACCGGCCUCAGUGUCAUUCUCCGGGCAACAACAGCUGAGAGAGUCAACAUAUUCACUAAGCAUGAGGCAUGAACCUGCGCCCGGCCACGCUCUCGACUCUUCUCCCCAAUCCGCGGGCGACCAGAUUCUUGGCCGAUCAGGCACGCGGCCGCUGUCGCUGCUUCUCACAGACCUCAACCGCCUUUAACGCCCACGGCCAUGCCCCGAACCACUACGAAGUGCUCGGAGUCGGCCAGCAUGUCACGCAGGCCGAACUGAAGAAGCAGUUUUAUGCACUUUCCAAAGAGACGCACCCGGACGUCAAUCGCAGCAACCCCGAUGCCGGCAAACGUUUCGCGGAGAUAAGCCAGUCCUACAGCAUUCUGGCCGACCCGGAAAAGAGGAAGCGCUAUGAUCGGGAUGUGAUGCGGGCACACCAUCAUCAUGGCCAUCGUCACGCGACGCACUCGGGACAUCAUCGGGGCACGCACGCAGGCCAUCGCCCUCCGAGCGGGCUGAGUAAACGACGAAGUGUCUUCAAGGGCCCGCCACCGUCCUUCUAUAGUCACGGGAAGCCAUCUCCCAAUACGAGCAAUCAGGCCCGAGCAAGUCAGGCCGGAACAUUCAAUGCCAGCGCUUUCGCGGAAGAUGGCAAAUGGGACCCCCAUUUCGAUGCCCGAAGCACGUACAAAACACAGACAUUGGAAGACUAUAGACGGGCCAAUAGGCGAGCGGCGGAGAUGGCGGCUGCUCAAGCACAGAUAGAGGUGGACAAUUUCUGGGGUAGGUUCAUUGUCGUGUCGGCAGCAAUCGCACUGAGCGUUGCAUUGGGUACACUUAUUAUAGGCAUGGCCGAUACCCCGCGGGGCGGGCUUACACGAGCAGAUGGAAGUCGGAGAGACGGCGCCCGGAACGAAUGGACUAAAGGAUAAGCGGUCCUUGCUUUCUCGAGGACUCCUCGCUGUAUUGAUAGAUCCAAUAGCGACAUUUGCAUUUCUCAAUCUCUUCAGAUGAAGGCUCAAAGCUUGGAUUGAUCAUAUCGCAUUGAUCCGGGAGACCAUUGGGAAAGAUUGCCACUAUUCUUUGAAUUGAUCCUUUGUACAAUCUGAGUUAUGUCCCUGUCUUGGUUACAUGGAGGCGCGGCUGCAUCUAACCCUCGAAGGUGAAGGAAGCGCCGACCUUGUGGGCGGCCUGGUUCAGGUUCUGGGUGUCGAAAGAGGCCCCCAGACCCAGAGUCACACCAGUUCCGAGCUUGACGUUGUAGGCCAGGGCGGCGAUACCACGGUCGUUGAUCUUGGCCUAUUUCUGAGUCAGCAUUGCAUCUCCAUGCUUCAGGAUAUGUGGAUAACUGACCUUAGCG